AUGGUCUCUCAAGCGGGAAAGCUCACGCACGCCGUGCAGUACGAGUCCUACGGCGGCGGUGCCGCCGCCCUCAAAGUAAGUCGUGCGUUUCAUUGAAGAGGCCAAGUUUAUAGAAAGUUUGGAGUUCAAUGUUGCGAGUUCGUGGCGCUUGAUCGACUACAUGUUCUAUUUUCAUGAUUAUGCUUAUUUGUCUGUCUCUCGGAGUUUAACUUCCCACUAUUUCAAAUUGAAUGUUAGGUACCCGCUAAUCAGUUUCGGCUCUAUAUUGCACGAGGUCAAUUUAUAAUUUAAUUCAAUUUUAGGAAUGAUUUAUGACACGCAUACAUCUCUGAUUCUCAAUACAUGUGUGCAUAGAUUCAUUGAAAAAAACCUAUAUGCAGAACCAUUUUUUGUGAUAUGUUCCUGUUUUCGAAAUGUUUCAGGAAAAUAUAAGUAAUUUUUUCUUCUGUUUCUUUUCAAUUUUUGGGCGUUAUUUAAUAAUUAUUUUUCACUCUUUAGCUUCCUUGAAUAAUCAUUUCCUGACAUCUUCUUAAUGUAGCAUGUUGAAGUUUCCAUUCCUUCACCAAAGAAACAUGAGGUCUUGUUGAAGUUGGAGGCUUCUAGUAUAAACCCCGUUGAUUGGAAGAUUCAGAAGGGCAUGAUACGCCCAUUUCUUCCACGAAAAUUUCCAUACGUGCCAGGUAUUUCACUCAAGUGGUACGAGCCUUCUACUGGGCAAUGUUUGGUGUCAAUGACUUCCGAUCAUUACUUCCCGUCAGUUUAUGGCUGAUCUUUAAUCUUCUCAUGGGCAAUAUAUUGUCGGAUUUUGGUCAAGAGUGUGCUAAUCUUUCCAGCUUUUUUAUUUACAAAAUAGAAAUUUUAUUUCUGUGUUAUCAUGUAUGUAUACAUUUGCACAAGAUUAAGUGCAUAUAUUCAUGUAUUUUGUCUACGAAUUAUAAUGCUCAUGAGUUCAAGCCAUCUGUGGAUUAUUGCAUGAUUCAUGAGUUACUUGGGGCCAAAUUGAUGACGAAAAAUCAUUCAGGUGAAGGGGAUAUAUAAAUGCCCAGAUGAGAUCUCAAGCUGUCAGCAAUCUGAAACAACUUUUGAAAGCCACAGUUUGAGAUUAGACGCCCAAAAAUUUCACCAUCUAAAUAAUCUUGAAAAUGCUCUUUCAAUAUUGAUUUCAUUUUCUUGAAGUAACAUAGAAGAAGAGCCCGUGUUCUGUUGCCUCCCCGGCCCAAGAAAAAAGGGGAAUAACAAAAGGAGAAGAUAAUAUAGAGCGCAAAGCUUCAUUCAUGUUGACGAUGGUGAUAAUGUGGAUGAACUUGCAUGGAAACUCAUAUUGGCUUCCCUAUUAGAAUAUAUUCUUAUGAGUUUGAUCUCUUUUCUCCCCACAAAAAUAUAAACAACAGGGGAUAAUUUUUUCAGUAACUGGCUUGUGAGCAUUCUAUUCACUCUUGCUUGUUUCUGUCUUCUAUGCUGCAUUGUGGAUCCUUUCAAGAAUCUUACUAAGGCACUUGGUAACAUUAUAAACCUUAUUUAUACACAUGCAUAAACCGGUAGUUUCAUCAUUGAUGUAAUGGCACCCGAGGGAAUUCGUAGCCAUUAAUAUUACCAAAUAAACUGUUAUUAUAUUUAUAAUAAUGUUUUGAGCGGCAGAUUUAUCUCUUUAUUUAUUUAUUUUUGUGCUUUUAUUUUAUUUCAAAUGAACAUUUACAUAUUAUUUUCAGUGAUUCAUAUCUCAGACUACUACUACUACCGCAUAAUAAUUUUACCCCAGUUUUCCAAUUAAUUUCAUAGUAGAUCAUUCUACGGGGUUGGGCCCUGAUGACCCGGUUGCCAUGUUGCAGUCACCGACGUGGCAGGUGAGGUGGUUGAAGUGGGGUCCAACGUUGACUCUCUCAAAGCCGGCGACAAAGUGGUGUCGAUGCUCUACCUCCGGGUGAGCUCUCACGCUGCAUUAUAUUGCCUCUUAUUUUUAGUCAAUCUAUGAGCAUACGUGUAAAUCAAUUAUUCAUAAUUUUUCUCGCAGAUAAAUAAUUAACUUAAUUAAUAAUUUAUUUUUAUUUUUCUGUCAGCGAGGGGGAGGGCUGGCUGAAUAUGUGGUGGCAUCGGCUAGCAUGACAGUGAAGAGGCCUGCAGAGGUAUCCGCCGCCGAGGGAGCAGGGUUGCCAAUAGCGGGCCUCACUGCCCUCCAGAGCCUGAAAUCGGCCGGAAUCAGGUUCAAGGUUGGCAGCGAGAACGGCGCCAACAUCCUAGUCACCGCCGCGUCCGGCGGAGUGGGCUUGUACGCGGUCCAGCUGGCAAAGCUGGGCAAUUGCCACGUCACUGCCACCUGCGGAGCGAGGAACUUGGAGCUGGUGAAGAAUCUGGGUGCUGAUGAGGUGCUGGACUACAAAACCCCUGGCGGCGCCACCUUGGAGAGCCCCUCCGGGAAGAAGUACGAUGCCGUCAUCCACUGCGCCACCCGUAUCCCCUGGUCAACAUUCGAGCCCACCCUAUCGGAGAAGGGCAAGGUCAUCGACAUCACCCUUGAACCCGCCGCCAUCCUCACCGCCGCCAUCAAGAAGAUCACCUUCUCCAAGAAGCAACUGGUGCCGCUCAUCAUGUCCGCCAACAAGGAGGAGCUGGAGCUUUUGGUGGGUCUGGUGAAGGAAGGGAAGCUGAAGACGGUCGUUGACUCGAGGCAUCCUCUGAGCCAGGCAGAGGCGGCCUGGGCCAAGAGCAUCGACGGGCACGCCACGGGGAAGAUUGUUGUGGAGAUGGGGCCCUGA